GUCCCGUUCGCUUGGCGCCAUCGCGAUUGGCGUCGUCAGCUUAGAGCGUCGCGACGGCACCAGUGGUGACGACGCUAUCCAUAUUUUGAAUUUUCAUUGAUCGCUCAGUUAUCGAUCUUUCGUUUCGUUGUUUUCCUAUUCGUCGGCUGGGUAUCGCUUUAUUGAUCGGCUGAUUAUCUCUUGAUCCUGGUCAUCCUUAUUUUGUCCGGUUCCAGAUUUUUUACCGAUCGCUUUCUUAUCGACUUUUUAUAUUGAUUGUGUCAUUACAGAGCGUCUAUUAAUCGUUUGUACAUAUUUUUUUAUUGACCAUUGAAUCUUUUAUUGACCUACCGCAUCGUGUAAACGUGGUAGAGGUUGAUCUAAUUUCGUUACCGUGACUGUCAUUUCGAUGUCAUUCAUUCACAUGGUCAUAUAUCCUCUUUUCAGAUUGCUUUUUGGAACGCUUUAUCCAGCCUAUGCCUCCUACAAAGCUGUCCGAACGAAGGGUGGCAGAGAAUAUGUAAAAUGGAUGAUGUACUGGAUAGUUUUCGCUCUCUUCACGUGUAUAGAAACGUUCACAGAUAUCUUCCUUAGCUGGUUUCCUUUCUAUUAUGAAAUAAAGAUUAUUUUUGUCAUAUGGCUUUUGUCGCCAGCGACAAAGGGAUCCAGUAUUCUUUAUAGAAAAUUUGUCCAUCCUAUGCUCAGCUCAAAGGAACAAGAAAUCGAUGAAUAUAUUUCAAAGGCCAAGGAGCAGAGCUAUAAACAAGUGUUGGAUUUGGGAUCAAAAGGUGUUACAGCCCUUAUGCAAACAGCUUUGAAGUCUAUUAACCAAAUCCCGCCAGCCCUUGUAUCGUCCAGAUCUGAACCCGCUCUGUCCGACGACGUGGACACGGUAGACGCCGUUCGCGUUGUCAGACGUUCCGUAACUGUCGAACAAGUCCACGAUUUGAGCAUGUACUCCGACGAUGAUGCAGCCCCCAUGGAGGUGCCGGAAGAGAUACCUGUCAAAAAGGUGGUCAAGCGGAGGGCUGCGACUAGGAAGAUGACUAGAAAAGCUAAAGAAGUCAAGACUGAUGAGCUGAGCGAUUGAUUUUAGUUUUAAUCGGGGCGCUAUAGAGGGAGUUCUUAUUAUCCACCAUUUUGUUUCUAUACAUUAUAAAGGUGUCUUAUCUUAUUACUAUACAGGGUCCGACAGAGUAGCUUCAAAAAAUUAUAAAAAAGACAUUGGAUCUAUGGAAAGAAAUGUUUUUAAUUUCGGAGUCAGCAGUUUCUACCAUUUUAGAUUUAUUAGGUAUUGAAAAUAAUAUCAUCAAGAUGGCGGCCAUUAGCAGCAAAACACUGCUGGAAAUAACAAGAGUCCACUUUCUUAGCAAUAACAGGGUGUCAGAACGAUGUUUAAGCGGCUCCUAGAUAUUCGGAGGAAGAAGUUACAGAUACUCAAAUCUGGUGACCGUGCAGGCUAUCCCACAUCUUUAAAUGAGUCUUAGAAGCAUAUCUCUUAAAACAUUCAUUGAGUAUUGAGCUCCAUGCUGUGGGAAUCAAAAGUUCCUUAAUUCCUCAUUCUCAACAAGUUCUUCCAGUUUGGGUUGUAAAAAAUGAACACCAAAACGAAUAUGCAAAAUUCAGUCAUGGUUACUCCUCUUUAUUCGAAGUACGGGCCUAUUACAACAAAUUGUGAUACAACACACUACAUUGGCAGUUUUGGAAUGCAGUUUUCAGCUCAGUAGUGGAAGAAUUUCCGUUUCUAAACUGAACAAGUGAAUUUGGCUUGAUAUGCCCGUACUUUAGCUGUUUACAGAUUCAGGAGUCGUCACCAGCAAUGUAUUACCCCUAACGAUCGAAAUAUUGAGACAUUCUUUUCCAAACUUGCUAGAUCUAAAUUGGCGUAAACUCUUGAUUCCGAAAACAAUAUUCUGUCUAUAGAUCCAGAUGCUUUUUUAAACUGCUUUGUUAAUUCUAGCCCAUCCUGUAUAUCGUUACCGCUAGUUCGUUUAUUCUUACUUUUGCGAUGAUCCAAAGUCUACAAUCCACAAUAGCCUAAGGUGGGACUCUGUUAAAUCUCAGUUUGAACAGCAAAAUUAUUAUCAACUUGUCAAAAUCAACGAAAAAUUCGACAAAACUUUCAAUCACUCGCAACUAUGAUACGAGCUUUGUCCAGAAAAUACGUAUAAAGGUGAAAUCAUAACUGUAUUUUACAGUUUCAAUAUGGUCUCCUUCAAAGUAACCCUCCUGAGACAAGAUGCACUUCUGCCAACGCCGUUUCCACUGCUGAUACGAUUGCGGAAAGUCUUCAAGUGUGAGGCUGUUCAUUUGCCGUGUCGUUUCUGCAUUGAUGGCUUCCACAUCCCCCAAGUGCCACCCCCGAAGCACCAUUUUCCAUUUUGGGAACAUGAAGAAGUCGCAAAGGGCUAAAUCGGGUGAAUAAGGCAAGUGAUUGAGAUUCGGGCCAAAAACUCACCCAUAACGAAAGACGUGUGAGCAGGCGCGUUGUCGUGAUGAAGAAUCCACCUGCCUCCUUGUGCCAAAUCCGGUCGAACUCGGUCCACACGAGAUCUGACACGACGCCAGGCUUCAAUGUUUUUCGAUCACUGUCUGGCCGGGAGGGACAAAUUCCUGGUGAACAAUGCCCCGAGAAUCAAAGAAAACCAUCAACAUUGUUUUCACAUUGGACCUCGAUUUUUUCGACGUUUUUAUUGAUUGCCCUGCUUGCUUCCACUCCAUGCUUUGAGAUUUCAGAACCAAGACUCGUCUCCAGUGAUGACCCGGUUGAGAAAGUCCCCCCUUUCCUCUGCUUCCAACCAAUCCUCACAGCAAGCAACCUGCCUCGCUUUCGGUUCUGAAGUCAAGAGCUUCAAGUUUUUCUGUCAGAAUGUCUGGACGACUUUUGGCAAUUGAUAGUUUCUCAGCUAUCAUUCUAACUGCCAAUCGACGGUUUUUAAGAACACAGCCCCUAAUUCGUUGAAGGUUUCCUUCAGAGCUCAAUGUGGAGGGGCGUCCUGAGCGUUGGUCUUCUUUCACCUCUUCUCGGCCUUCCCGAAAGAUUUUCAACCACUUCAGAAAAUUGUCUCUGUAAACUUGUUCCAAACACUCAAAAAUCUCACGACCAUUCUUGUCUAGCUUUGCAAGAAACUUGAUGUUGAUGCGCCGUUCCUCGAUCAGAAAGUGGGGUUGCAUAGAGAGUGGGAACUACCACACCACCCCUUCACAACGCCCUGACACGACUCCCCGAAUUUUUUAUGCGUUUUUUCCGAAUAAACCUCGUAUAACGUAUACCAUAUAACACAUCAUAUAACUUCGGUCUGACAGUAACUGUAAUCUGAACGAUGGUCCAACUUGGCCAUUCCAAAUUCAUAGCACCAACAGCACCUUUAACGGAUAUUGUUUUCAUACCCUCAUCUCCACACAUUGUCCGAGCUUAUAGGUAUUGGGUCAUAUCGUUUACCGAUGACAUGAAACACCAGCAGCUGUCACUUGUAGCUCGAAUGGUGGACGAUAGUCCUCUAUAGUGCUUCAGUUUUUACAUUUUUGUUGGUCAGAACUAAGUGUUAAAUAAUGAGAUACUGUUCCUAUUGUGUUAACCAAAAAAUGUUUGACAAGACUCGUAUGACCAAAUCGUAAGAUCUCAUUAUUUAACAUUGAUUUUAGCUAGUUUUUGAAUUUUGUAUGUCGUUAACGCAGAAAUUUGAGGUAGCGGAUCAGAUAUUGACAAAACAAAAGCCAUAGAUGGCAUCGAAAUUCUAUGACAGAAAUAUAUCAGUAUCUCUACCAACAAUGCUGAUGAAAACAAUGACAAGUAUAUCAAAUAAUAUUUCUGAAAUGCUUUUAUCUAAAAUCGUCUUCAUAAAUAUAAUGUAUAUAUACUUGUUCGUAUUUUUUCAUGAACAUUAUGGGCUGGAUUACUCGAGAGUAUCAUAUUUUUUAAUGCUUAUAUCCUCGAAUUUCUGUGAUAUGUAUAAUGUACUGUCUAGUUGAUGUUUGUCAGGUUUUCGGAUAACAAAAAAAGGUGCAGUGGUUUUAAUCCACAUUGAAGAAAUCAGAGCAAAUCUCAGAAUUUGUCUUGGAACAUUUUCCUUGUUAGUAGAUUCAGUAAAGAUCAAAUGAAACUUCUGAAGCACUAAAUAGUGUUUGGAAAGGUCAAAUCUAUCGGAAAAUAAGUUGAAAUCUCGAAUAUAUACAAUUAAAUUGUUUAUUGGGAAUUGGCAAAACUUGAAGCUUAGUGGACUCUUUUGACGGCAAUCUCGAGCUUUCGACAAACUAUGUUGUCAUCUUCAGGAGCUAAAACACGAUUAUGAAAAUAGCAACCAAUUUGGAACAGAUUUAAAUUUUCGAAUCGCUUACUCGUCGGUGAGGUUGCAGCUAAAUAGUGUUUUAAAAUGAAAGCGUGGACACCAUUUAGCGGCAAUCUCACCGUCGAGUAAGUAAUUUGAAAGUUUAAAUCUGCUCUAAAUUGGUUGCUAUUUUCAUAAUUGUGUUUUAGCUCCUGAAGAUUACAACAUAGUUUGUCGAAAGCUCGAGAUUACCGUCAAACGGGUUCACUAAGCUUUAUGUUUUACCAGUUCCCAAUAAACAAUUUAAUUGUAUUUUUGCCCAACUUUCAAUAAAAUCUUUAAUAUUGGGUUAUACCUUACGGUGAGCAUUCAUGAUAACCUUAUAAAUACCUAUGAUUCGAUUGAUAUGAUAUUUUCAAACGAAACAAAGUGCGGAAGUAAACUUUUGAAGUGCCUUUAUCUUGAAUAAAUAACCGUUAGCAUUCGUAGAUCGGAUGAUAACUUUCACAUACACCUUACACGAAAACUUCGGCAGCAUACUUUAAUUUGAGACUGUCAGAGACACCACAUUUUGAAGCAUUUUAAUGUCUAGACUAUGGCUUUUUCAUUAAAAACCUAUGAUCUGGACUAUGUUUUUAUUAAUCAGAACAUAUGUAAUGACAAAUGUCAGUGCGUCGAAAAUGUUGUAUUGGAUUCUCUUUUAACAAAAUGUUUACGUUAGUUUUUUAUAUUUUUAAUAUCGUUACCGUUUUUGCACUUUUUAUAUACCUACUGUAAGAAAUAUUUAGCAAAAAUCUCAUUUGAGGUGAAAUACGUUGUGAUCUGUUUUUCUAAAUGAAUAUACUUAAAGUUAAGGCCAAC